AUGCGUCGAGCCAAGAUCCUCAAUCGUCUGACAUGCCUGUCAUGCCUGGUGUCCCAAGCCAGCUCCGCGAUAGUGGAUUUUUAUUGGAACAUUACGUAUGCGACCGCCAACCCCGACGGCCUCUUUGAGCGGAGCGUGAUCGGCGUCAAUCACACGUGGCCUCCCCCUCCGAUCACAGUCACAUCCGGUGAUGUUAUCAGGAUGCAUGCCUUCAACGGUCUCCCGGAUAAGCCGACAACCCUUCAUUUCCAUGGAAUGUUCUUCAAUGGGACCAGUUUCUACGACGGCGCCAUGGGUGUAACACAGUGCGGUAUUCCUCCCGGGAGUGAAUUUGUAUACCUUGUUAACACUACCACUCAAGUCGGAACCUAUUGGGUCCAUGCCCAUUCUCUGGGGCAAUAUGUCGAUGGACUCCGUUCGCCGGUAGUUAUUUUACCCCCAGCGACACCUGUGAAGCGCCCAUACGAUGAUGAAUUCACGAUCGUAUUGUCCGAUUGGUAUCACCAACAACAUUCGCAACUCAUAUCCACAUUCUUAAGCCGAAGCAACCCUCUGGGGGCCGAGCCCAUCCCUGACAGUGCACUCAUAUACAUCGUCCAAAAUAAUACGUAUCGCGAGCAUUUUAACGAGAAUGCCACGAUCCCGUUUUCGCCCGGUAAAACAUAUCGAUUGCGCAUCCUGAACGCGGGUGCGCUGGGAAUGUUCUAUUUCAAAAUAGAUGGCCAUCAGAUGUCCAUCGUUGAAGUUGACGGCACCGACGUAGAGGCGCUACCCACCGAUAUGUUGUCCUUGGCCGCCGCUCAGAGGUACUCAGUGCUGGUCACGGCCAAGAAUGAAACGAAGGAAAAUUUCCUGUUCCACGCGAACUUUGAGCCAGAUAUGUUUGAUAGUAUCCCUGAAGGGUUGCAAUUGAAUUACAGCUCCUCUAUCAUCUACACCCCUGGAGCACCCACCGCGCCCGAAGAACUAUUUACGGAGUAUAAAGCUUUAGAUGACCUCGCCUUUAAACCAACGACGACCUUACCAAUUCUGCCAAAAACAAAGACCGUCGAACUGAAUGUAUUUUUCUCGACCUUUGAAAAUGGAGUUAACCGCGGGGCUUUCAACAACGUCACGUUUGUUCCACCUCGGGUCCCAACGGUCAUGACGAUUGAUUCUUCUCCUGCAAACGCAUUGGAAAACCCGGUCAUCUAUGGUCCUCAGAGUAAUGCUUUUGUCAUAGAUCAUCUAGAAGUGGUUGAAUUGACCGUUUUCAACUGGGAUAAAGGGAAUCACCCUUUCCAUUUACACGGCCAAAAGUUUCAAGUAGUUAAUAAGCAAACAAGCAUUGAUUCUGGCAAUCCAACCUACUCAAACCAGACGCUGAGUAACCCUAUGCGACGAGAUACUAUUCAGAUUCCAGGUGGAGGCUUUGCCAGUCUUCGGUUUGUAGCGGAUAACCCUGGCGCAUGGCUCUUCCAUUGUCACAUAGAAUGGCAUUUGCAAUCCGGUUUGGCGGCAAUGUUUAUAGUAGCUCCGGAAGUUCACCAAAGGAACUCCCCGGUACCUCAAUUCGUGAAGGAUCAGUGCAGAAUGAUGAAUAUUCCAACGAGUGGAAAUGCGGGAGGACUGUCGGGCUCGAAGAUUUAUGACCUCUCAACUGCACCACAUGGGCCUUUCCCACAAAAACCUGGAUUCCACGCUCGGGGUAUUUUAUCGAUGGCGGCAUGCAUCAUCUCUUCUUUGAUCGGCGUCCUGACCAUAGUGUGGUACACCCGGGGUGAACAGUUUGAUGAUGAAGAGGUCGAACGAGAAAUUCUAGAGAAAAUCAGAAGCAAAACUAAUUUCGAUCGCCCAAAUGGCGUCCUUAACCGAUUCCGUCGCUUCUUCAUGUUGCGAAGUGCACCCUGA